AUGUCAAGCCAAGAAGAAGAAGAAGAAGAAAAGUCAAUGAUACUUGAUUCUUUUGAUGGAUGUUAUUUAUUUGAAGAAGAAGCUGCUGCUGAUGAUGAUGAUGAUGAAGACAUAAUCAUAGAUACAUCACCCCCUCUUGCAGAACCACCUUCAGAUGCAAGCUAUGAUGAGUCAUUUAUUGAAUUGAUAAAAAGAUAUCUAAAGAGGGCCCAGGAGAUGACGAAGAGUGAAGUGAAGACAUGGUUCUCAGAGGAGAGGAAAUCAUUUGAUUCACUUAUUAAUUAUGAUCUAUGUACAAGCGAUAAUGAGUUUAAAGCAGUAGAGAAAGGUCGUGCUGAUGCUAUUGACUGUUAUAAAGAAGAGUUACCCCUCUAUUUAAUAGCACAGGAAGAAGAAGAAAAAGAAAGAGACAUGUCAUUACCAGAGUUUGCAGUCUUGAAGCAAAGCCCGAUGACGGUCAGAGAUCUAAAUUAUACAACAAAUAAAAAGAUAGAGCAAGAACAUAUGAAAGACUUUUCAUCAUGGUUAUGCUUUGAUAGUGAAGAUGAAUUAGUCAAAUUCAAGGAUGAAAUCAAAGAUGAUUCAAUGGAUAGUUUCAAAGAGAAUGUUAUCAUGUCAAGCACUCCUGUAUUGAAAAGAGCCUUACCAAAUCCUCCUCCUUCUUCUUCUUCUACUGUAGUAAAGAAAAGAUUACUUGAAAAAUCAUCCAUUCAUGAUAAAAAAUCAUUCUUUAAUUUAAAAAGAAAAUAA